AUGACUAAACGAUCCAAAAUAGCAGUGUAUGAGAAGAUGUGGUCAUACAUGAAAUCUGCUGAGCCCUCAGUGUUUGUUAAGACCACGCCUGAUGGUGUAGCCCGGGUACGAAAGUCAAAGGGCAAGUUCGCCUUUCUCCUCGAGUCCACCAUGAACGAGUACAUCGAGCAGCGGAAGCCAUGUGACACCAUGAAAGUGGGCGGGAACCUCGACUCAAAAGGCUACGGUGUGGCGACGCCCAAAGGAUCAGCAUUAAGAACUCCUGUAAACCUUGCAGUAUUGAAACUCAGUGAACAAGGCAUCUUAGACAAGCUGAAAAACAAAUGGUGGUACGAUAAGGGUGAAUGUGGAACCAAGGACUCUGGAAGUAAGGACAAGACAAGUGCACUAAGCCUGAGCAACGUGGCAGGAGUCUUCUAUAUUCUGGUAGGAGGGCUUGGCCUGGCUAUGACCGUGGCUUUGAUAGAGUUCUGCUAUAAGUCUCGGCAAGAAACCAAAAGACUGAAGCUGGCAAAGAACGCCCAGAACUUUAAGCCAGCCCCUCCGGCAAACACCCAGAAUUUUGCCACGUACCGUGAAGGCUACAACGUGUACGGGACAGAGAGUGUUAAGAUCUAGAAGAGAUGAAAUGUGUCAAUUCCCACUGGUGCAUCUGGAUGGACACAGCCACUGUGUGUGACCCCGACACUUCGCGGCUGGCAUCCCGGGAGCAACAGCCUUCCUUCUCAUCAGCUUGGACACAAGCCUACAAGUUAACAAGUGCUCAUUUUGGGGUCGUGAGACCUGUCACACUAACAGAGGGCAAUGACGCAACAGGACUUUUUGCUUCUGGAAACAUGGAAGUUGCCUCUUGUAGUGCCUUAUGGAGCAUUUCGGCGUCAUGGCAAUGCAAUUCAAAUUUAAAUCACUUGAAAACAAACAAGAAAAAAUCUGUGGACGUUGGGCAAACCAUUGCUUCAAAUGACAAUUAGAUGAACUGUUGUAAUUUUUUCUAUUUUGAAGAAGCAGAAGAAGAAAAAAAAGCCAUGAUUUGCAAUCAAAACAUCCUGGAGUACUCAUUGAGUCACUGGAAUCCUUUACUGACAUAUUUUGUGGUGAAAUCUUGAGUUGGAUAAAUGUUAUAUUUAGUGAAGUAAAGUCAUUUUCUUGUUUUACUAUAAGACUAUUUUCAGUGUCAUAAUAUUUAGGACAAGCAUCCAUCAAUAAGGAUAAGUAACAAUAAACCAGACGACAUUUCGCCCCAGUUUUCAUGCAGAAAAUAUCAAUAAUAUGAAAGUAGUGGUCAUCUUAGGUGGUGUUACUGUGGAAGCCUGAACGUACAACUGACUCUGUUUUCACUUAGAUGCUUGUUUUAAAUCAACUUGCUGAGAUUUGUUUUAACUGCCACACUUUUGCAACGGGACGGUUUUUUAUUGACAUGAGGUCGGCUUUUAAUCACUUGUGCCAUACUUUUAAAUUCAGAAGAAUUAGAAAAUCCUUUAGACGUAGGUGGCUGACCCCCUUUUCAUGUAAGAGCAUAUUCAAAAUGGUUUCACUGGGCUUAUGGUUUACACUUUGUACACACUUAGAAGCUGCUCUUGUGUAAAUGCAGUGUCUGCAGCUGUGGAUCUUUCUGGUCAACGAUAACACACCAUGGCUUCUUUGGUUGUGAUGAGCUGUCCGCGUCCGUGCAUAAUGCAGAGGCUGAGCUGGUGUACUGUACAUUGAGGAGAGAGCUAUGAAUGAAACAUUUGUCUAUUUGUAUAAGUGAACUUUUUAUAAAACUGAAGGGGGAAAAAAAUGACAGAAAAAGGCUACAAACCAUGUUCGCCUACAUUUGUUUAGUAUCUCAGACUUUCUCAUCCUUUUUCCUCCCAGAUAAAGUGCAUGUGAAUUUGGUGAUAAGUUUUUUGCCAAAGUGCAAACUCCAGAACAGACCCUGGUUUAUCGUCCGCUGACGACAUUAGAUCCCCUUUGGUUUUUAGUUUCUCCAGUUCAUUUGUAACAGUACCUCAGCCAUGAGAGUUGCAUGUAUGGACACAAUGAACCUCUGUGGAGAGGACAUGUACAAAGGAUUUUAUUACAUUUCCUUAAUAAA